AUGGCCUUCUCAACCAGGACUUGGUCGGAUGAAGAUUUCAUUGACGAACCAGUAAAAUUUGAAGUUCCAGUUUUGCAUAGGUAUGAAACGUUCAAAAAUUUAACUGUUGAACAAAGAAAAAGUUUGAUCAAUGAUGGUGCUGUUAUUAAGUAUGGAAAGUUUUCUAAAGAAGAGGAUAGAAGAAUACUAAAAAACUUGAUAAAGUUCAUUGACAAAUAUGAUUUUGAUGAUACGGAACACCUGCUUGGAAUAGGCAAUGAAAAAAAUGAUCAAAAUUUACUUCGUUUCAAGAAAGCAAAACAUUUCCCAGUUAGAUUAGGAAGAAAGUUAAAUGAUAGAAUGCUGUAUUCAAUUUACAAACGAGCAAGACUAUUAAUACUGCCUCCAAGAGAAGAACAACAAUUUAAUAAAAAGGAUGUUGAAAAUGUAAAAUUACUGGCGAAGUUUGUUGGGAAGAAAUGGAGUGCUAUUGGCAAAAAAAUGGGAGUAAGUAACUACCGCUGUUAUUCUGUUCAUCGAUGGCAUGAAAAAAAAGUUAGAAAAGGUAAAUGGAGUAGCCAAGAAAUAGAAUCAUUAACAAAUGCAAUACAAACUAUUUCUGGUGCUUCUGAUAUUAAUUUUGAAAACAUUCAGACAAUUUCUUGGGAUCAAGUUGCAGAUCUUGUUGGUACCAGAAAUCCAUCUCAAUGUCGCAUCUAUUGGUUGACAAAUCUUGCAUGGAGCUGUAAUGUUAAUGAGCGGAAAUCUUGGAAUACAAGAUGUUAUCAAAACCUCAUAAGAAUUUUGAGUGAAAGUAACAUUGAUAAUGAAGCUGAGAUAAAUUGGAAAGAAAUUCAAAAGCAGUUUUUUGAUUGCAGUCCAUCCUAUUAUAGUUUGCAAAAAAAAUGGUUAUAUUUGAAAAGGUUUUAUAUUCCCAGCUCAAUGGAAAAUUUCAAGGAGAUAAUUAUGUUAUUAAAACAAAAGUUUAGCAAGAGUUAG